AUGUCUGAAGAAUUUACUGCACUUCAAAGGCAAGGAACUUGGUCACUUGUGCCACCUCCCAAAAAUAGCAACAUUCUUGGUUGUCGAUGGACCUUUCGUACCAAGUUAAAACCUGAUGGCACUCUUGAUCGACAUAAGGCACGACUUGUAGCACAAGGCUUUAAACAAGAGUAUGACAUCGAUUACAAAGAGACGUUCAGCCCGUUGCCAAAAUUCCUACUAUUCGCAUCAUGGUUACUGUUGCACUUCAUCGAGGUUGGCCAGUUCUCCAGCUCGAUGUUUCAAAUGCUUUUCUACAUGGCAGAUUACAAGAAGAAGUAUAUAUGA